GCAGCUAGGUUGUGUGAACGUGUCUCGAUUUCGAUCAAAAUGAGAAACUACAAAAGAAAAACGGAAAGAGGUACAACUAGUAAAGAAGUUUAUGAAUCUGCUGCGGCAGAAGUACUGCAGAAUAAAACGAGCAUUCGUAAAGCAAGCGAAAUGUUUAAUUUGUGUCCGAUGUCCUUAUCCAGGUAUGUCAGAAAAAACAAAAACAACGAAUCUUGUUCAUUGGGUUACGUUAAACCUAAAUUGGUAUUCUCACAAGAAGCCGAACAUAAAUUAGCUUCUUAUCUAAUCAAAAGUUCAGAAAUAUAUUUUGGUUUACUACCAACUGAAGUCCGAAAACUAGCUUACCAAUGUGCAGUAAAACUCGAUUUAAAAAAUAUUCCCUCCAGCUGGAUCCAAAAUAAUAUGGCUGGGCCGGACUGGUUUAAAAGUUUUAUGCACAGAAAUCCUCAACUAUCUCUAAGAACACCAGAAGCUACAUCUUUGAGUAGAGCAACGUCAUUCAACAGAACCAACGUUAAAGACUUUUUUGACAAACUGCAAUUCUUAUUCCAAAAAUAUGAAUUCACUGUUUCACGCAUAUGGAACGUUGACGAAACGGGUGUCACAACGGUACAGAAGCCUAAAAAAAUAGUUGCUGCUCGUGGUCAAAAACAGGUCGGUGCGAUCACAUCUGCCGAAAGAGGAGUACUUGUAACGCUUGCAUGUGCCAUAAAUGCUGCUGGAAAUUCAGUGCCGCCGAUGUUCGUUUUUCCCAGAAUAAGAUACACUGAUCUAUUUCUUCGUGCUGGACCAUCAGAAGCGAUAGGAGCAGGCAAUUCUUCAGGAUGGAUGAAAGAAAUUCACGUAGCCUUUUCUGCAGCUGAUUACAGCUUUAUCCGUUUGUGA